AUGGCCAUAAAAGCCCAACUUGAAGAAGACGCCGCCGCCGAAGCUGGUUCCGCAGGAUUUGCUGGCGUACUAGACGACCAAGCUGCCGACUACAUGGGUGUAGGGCUGCCAGAGGUGGACGGAUCAAUAAGUGCGGAUGAUGUCGCAAGCGUGAACGAGCGCACAGCACAAUAUAGUGGGUUGAUACCGGACGACGACAAUGACAUCGAUGACGGUCACUAUGGUGUAGCGUCAAUGGACGCACAGUCGAUAUACGCACCGAGUCGUUAUUUUGCAGCUUCAACCCGGCAUGGAGUCGCGAAAGCGUUUGAUGACGGCGCGACGCUCGAUUCGACCCGCUCGAUGGCCGACUCAGACGUCGACUACACCUGGGAACAUGGCCGUCGAUAUCGUCUGAACUACUACAUGCCAAAUGACUUAGAGGAACAGCAGCGACUGGGUCUGGUCCAUCAAGUGUAUUGCGGCGUUUUCGACGGGGAACUCACGGGCGUGCCUUUAGAGGACCCGUCUCUGAUCCUCGACAUCGGCACCGGAACGGGCGAGUGGGCAAUGGACAUGGCCGACAGGUAUCCUAAUUGUGAAGUGAUUGGCACCGACAUCGCGAAAAUGUUUUCGAGACAACCACCGCCAAACGUUUUUUGGGAGAUCGACGAUGCGGAAAGGGACUGGGAACGGCCGCGGAACGCACACGACCUUGUGCACUUUCGCAACAUGUCAGGCGCAUUCAUGGACUGGGCCUUCGUCUACCGACAAGCUUACCUAGCUAUCAACCCAGGAGGAUACAUCGAGCUUCUCGAUUUCGACGACCACAAAGGAUUCCGAAACUUCUUCUCCUUUUUCGAGCCCGGUUCCUUGAUGCAUCGGGUCGCGCAGGACUUGCAGGAAGCCUCGGUCAUGUCGGGAAGACCUCGUGGCGUAGGGCAUCUGGAGCCUAGACUACUAUACGACGCUGGGUUUGCGGACGUGCAGUUUUCGGAGCAUGCCAUUCCCAUCAACCCGAACGAGCACUUUGAAGAGUCAACAGGCUACAUGUUUCUGUUGGCAUUGAUUCAUGGAAUGGAGGCAACCAUCUUGAGGCUCCUUACCGGUUUUAAGGGAUGGUCAGCGGAAGAAGUGCGAGCUGCUGUUGGCGUGCUCGCUGGAGAACUAGAAACAAUGGCGCGAGACCCAAAGCGAGCAAAGGGGUUCGUAAUCAAGGUUAGGGUCUUGACGGGUAGGAAACCCCUGCACUCUAUACAUUCAGACGUGGAAACGACUGCCGAGGAUGACGCGGCGAUGACACACGAUACACAGGUGGAGAUGGAGGAGAGGGAUGAUGAUGAUGGAUAUCAUUCCAAUGGACCAUAUGGCGGUGCUUUGACCGAAUCGAGCAACCGGAGCAGUUUGAACGGUUCAUUGGCAGCGGCAGCGGGUACACAACAUGGCUCGAUUAGCCAUAACCGGGACAUGUCUGGUCCUGACGGGACCGUAAUACCCAACAAUGACGAAGGUGUAAUGGAAGCGUGCGAAUCACACGAGGCCCGACGAGGGCCAACGACUGAUGAAAAUAUGGUGGAGAGUACCACUAUCCCUACACAAACGGAAGACGUUAUACAAUGCGAGCGGUCAAAUACCAACCAUUUUUCGGAUCGAGCGCCCGACACAGACCCAACGAUAUCGAGAAGGGCAUCUAGCUGA